UGGAGCUAUGAAAUAGCUGGAGGGAGCGUAAGCUAAAUUUUCUGGCGAGGGGGGUGAAGCCGGAGAAGUGAAGGGAAUCAGCUUGCGGCCAUCUUGGUCCUUCAUAAAUAUUUGUGAAGGAAGCCUUGCUGCUUGCUGCAUUUACUUCUGCGUCGCGUGGCUUUGAAUAAGUUGUUUAAAGCAGUGAAAAAUAAUAUAUUUUAUAUUAUUCUUAACAAAAUGCCCGAUUGUUAUGCAAAAGAUUGCAAGAGUCGGUAUGGUGAAAAUCGAAAAAAUCAAUUCCAAUUACAAUGGGAGCACACUCACGGCAUAAAGAUCUCAUUUCACAGAAUACCAACGAACUUAGAAAAGCGGAAGCAAUGGCUGGAUGAAAUGCAACUGAACAACAGUGAAAUACCAAAAAAUGCAACGUUUUGCUCACUUCACUUUCAGGAAACCAAUCUGGGGGUCUAUCAUAGGCUUGUUUUCUAUUCUUGCACUAGACUGCACUGGAACGUUCCUUCUUGUUUUCACGAUGCUCAGGACUGUGCUCAAAAUACACGAGAGCGUUACAAGAAGAAAAUUCUACAGCAGAAACAGCAAAAAUCAACGAAGCGCAUUGCGACAUUAAAGGAAAUAUUGAAGUCUUUGAAACAAAAGAACCUUCUUAACGCCGAACAAGUAGAU